AUGGCCUUGUACCCUGCGGGACCCGCCACCUCCCCCGCACCACUUCCGUCCAAUGACCCUUAUGCUCCCAAAGCGCAGCCGAUGUAUGGAGCGUCCUCACCCUUGGCCAGCCCAUAUCACGCCAGCUUUCCCUCGAUCUAUGGUCAUGCACCCGCUGGCCCGGCGGGGCUGGGGAUCCAUCCGGGGCGAAUGCCGGCUCACAGCCCGUCCGCGGGACAGCCGCCCCUGGCAUUCUCCCGUCAGCCGUAUCCAUCGUACACCCUGCCUGCGAUGAACGGUGCCGUGAUGACCAAUGUACACAGCCCCAACAGUCCCAUGUCGGUCAUGGGGGGGAUUCAGCCAGGAAUCCUGCCGGGUUUCCAUAGUGGACAUGUCGCCAGUACCCAUCAUUUGUAUGGGGCUCAUCCGCCCCAUGGCCACCCAACCCCGGUGGCUGAUCGUCCGUUUAAGUGCGAUCAGUGCCCCCAGAGCUUCAACCGGAACCAUGACUUGAAACGCCAUAAGCGCAUCCAUUUGGCUGUGAAGCCAUUCCCCUGCACCCACUGUGACAAGAGCUUCUCACGCAAGGAUGCCCUCAAGCGACAUAUUCUGGUCAAAGGCUGCGGGAAGGACGACCUCAUGGGACAUGCAAUCAAGGGCGAAAGCCACAGUGAGGACGGCAGCCCGAUUCAAAACGCACGUGUUUAA